AUGAACGGGGUGCUGCUCCAGUCGCUGAACAUCGCCCCGGAGGAGUUUUACGCCGGGGGCAGCUCGCCGCCCUGUCUCUCGCAGGACUACCUGGCGCAGUUUCUCAACAAGGCAGACACGCGAAAGGCACUGCACAUCACCGAGAAGUCCUGGGAGUGGUUCCCCUGUCGAAGCAACAUUGGCUACCAUCGCGAGCUGCACUCCAUGAAGACGCAGGUGAAGCACAUGGUGGAUGCCGGCCUACGGGUGCUCAUCUACAACGGCGACAUUGACUCAGUGUGCAACUUUAUCGGCGACGAGUGGUUCGUGGAGGAGCUCGGCUAUCGAGUUCGCGUGGAGUACCAUCCGUUGAUCAUGGCCGACGAGGUGAUCGGCUUCUCCACCUUCUACGACAAACAGCUCACCUUUAUGACCAUUCGAGGCGCCGGACAUAUGGUACCAGAGGACAAGCCGAAAGAGGCACUGUUUAUGUUCAACACCUUUCUUACUGGACGUCCUUAA